CAUACGCAGUGAAAAAAGUUCAUUCAACCGCGGUGAGUUCGUUCCCGAUGCAGAAACCCUGACCGUACAACCCCGACCUGCCGAGCGUGAUAACAAAAAGUAUCUCAAGGUUGUAGCUGCGAUUCCCGUUGCAUCUGAGCGUUCGAAAGUGUUCUUUAUCAGCUGCCAGAGAGCGAAUUCCUAACCACAACCGCAAAACCAACUCAAAACUUGAGCUGCCGCAUAAAUUGCCAGUCGAAGCGAACAAUUGAACAGUCUCAGUUGAAGCUCAGAGUGAAAAAAACACUACCGUCACUUGCAAAUAGUAUUAGCGCACAUUAAUAAUAAUAAAUAAAUAAGCAGUUGCCUGCAUUCGCCAGUGCUUUGUUGAAGCCAAAAUAUGAGGUUGGUGAUAUUGGAGACGAGCGAUUCGGUGGGAAAAUGGGCAGCCAAAUAUGUGAUGAAACGAAUUAAUGACUUCAAGCCAAGUGCUGAUAGAUUCUUUGUAUUGGGCCUGCCCACAGGAUCCACUCCGCUGGGAAUGUACAAAGAGCUCAUUGAGUUCCACAAGCAGGGCAAGGUCUCAUUUCAAUAUGUGAAAACCUUUAAUAUGGAUGAAUAUGUGGGCCUUCCCAGGGAUCAUCACGAGAGCUAUCACUACUUCAUGUGGCACAAUUUCUUCAAGCACAUCGAUAUUGAUCCCAAAAACGUGCACAUUUUGGAUGGUAAUGCCUCUGAUCUGGUGGCCGAGUGCAAUAAGUUCGAAGAUCAGAUCCGGGAAGCAGGAGGUGUGGAGCUCUUUAUCGGCGGCAUUGGACCCGAUGGACAUAUUGCCUUUAACGAACCCGGAUCCUCAUUGGUUUCCAGGACCCGCGUAAAGACCCUGGCACAGGAUACACUGGAGGCGAAUGCCCGGUUCUUUGACAACGAUAUGAGCAAGGUGCAGCAGGCGCUUACCGUGGGCGUGGGCACCGUGAUGGAUUCCAAGGAAGUGAUGAUCCUCAUCACAGGAGCCCACAAGGCGUUCGCCCUGUACAAGGCCAUUGAGGAGGGUGUUAACCAUAUGUGGACAGUGAGUGCCUUCCAGCAGCAUGCCAACACCCUGAUGAUCUGCGAUGAGGACGCCACCCUGGAGUUGAGGGUGAAGACGGUGAAGUACUUCAAGAGCCUUAUGGACGUUCACUCCAAACUGAUAGAGCAGCAACAACCCACGUAACCCCAACGGAUCAAUAUAACAAGGAUCUGCCAAGGGAUCUGCUAUCUUUAAACUCGCAUCUUACAUCUUUUUAUAUUGUGUUUACAUAUAUGUUUUUAAUAUAUAUGUUUUACUUCAGUAAUGUAUUUCAAAUCAUACAAUGAA